AUGAGUGACAAGCCCGUGAUUCCAGUCGUCGUCGGCGUUGAUGUAGGAGGGACCAACACCGAUGCUGUUGUCAUAACGCAGGACGUGGACAAACCCAUGGUCAUUGCUGGUGUGAAGGAGCUCACUACCAGUGACGUGACAACGGGAGUACAGAGAGCUGUCAAGCAGGUCCUGAAUGAGGCCUGCAGGUCUGGGACGUCAGUGGGAGUUGUUCAAGUAAACAUCGGAACAACCCACUUCAUCAACGCUGCUGUGCAGGGGAAGGAUUUAGCCAAGGUGUCUGUUAUCCGACUCUGUGGUUCUGUGUCCGAAGCUCUCCCGCCUUUUAGCGAUUUUCCAAAGCAUUUUAAGGAUAUCAUUUGUCACACGACACAUCUUGUUGCGGGUGGGUACCGUUUUGAUGGACGGGCGAUUGAUGAUGUCAACAGGGCCGAGAUUGAGGAGAUUGUGAAAGCAUCAGGAGCCAUAGGUUUUGUUGUAUGUGGAGUUUUCUCACCUAUUAGAUAUGAUCAGGAACGUGAAGUAGAGAGUAUCAUCCGGGAAGUAUCACCAGACGCCAGCGUUUCGCUAUCACAUGAUAUUGGUCAUAUUGGAUUGCUUGAAAGAGAAAAUGCUGCAAUUCUGAACGAAUGUCUCAAGCCACUUUGUCAACGUACGAUCGACGGUUUCAGAGACGCUUUGGGAAGUAUUGGCCUGGACUGUCCUAUUUACCUCACACAGAAUGACGGAACCAUCAUCAGCUCAGACAAAGCUAGGAAAUAUCCGGUCUAUACAUUCGCAUCCGGUCCCACUAACAGCAUGCGAGGAGCUGCUUUCCUGUCAUCGAUAAAGGACGCAAUUGUGGUUGAUAUCGGCGGUACAACGACCGAUGUGGGCGUUUUGAAGAAUGGUUUCCCAAGAGAAGCGUCUAGCCAUGUGAAGAUAGGUGGCGUUAGGACCAAUUUUCGCAUGCCCGAUGUUCUGAGUAUUGGUCUUGGAGGAGGUUCUUAUGUCAUUCCUCGGUCAAAUGAGUCGGAUGGGAUCACAAGCAUUACCGUAGGACCUCUAAGUGCUGGGUUCAACUUGAAGAACGAGGCACUGGUCUUCAGCAAUGAAUUUGGAGAGGAAGGGAGAUCACUCACAACAACUGACAUUGCUGUCGCUGCAGGAUUAGUUGAACUUGGCAACAAGGACUUCGUACGAGGCAUUUCAGAAACUGCUGUAACGAUGGCUCUGGACAGAGUGCAGGACAUGAUUGCGGCGGCAAUUGAUAAGGUUAAACUGAGUGAUCAGUCACUUCCUGUAAUCCUUGUGGGUGGUGGAAGCAUCCUAGUGGACCUGAAGCGAUCUUUACCUGGGGCCACAGAAGUCUUAUUGCCCAAACAUUUCGGUGUCGCAAACGCUAUUGGAGCUGCUCUGAGUCAGGUAUCCGGUAGUAUUGAUCACAUCGUCAGUAUAUUAGAUAUGAUAGACAGGGAAGCCAUGGACAAAUGUGUAGUGAACGCUCUUGCUAAAGUCACAGAAGAUCCUGAUGGAAAGGAAAGUGAAAUGGCAGAAGAACUUGCAAGGAAACCAUUCAUCAGUAAGGCAAGAGACCAAGCCUUAGCCUCAGCUAUAGAAAGAGCUACAGCAGUAGCAGUUGAGGCAGGGGCUAAUCCAUCCACUGUACAGGUUACAGAAAAACAGGAUAUGACCUUGUCCUACAUGCCGGGUCAGGCAACAAGACUCAAAAUAAAGGUCGUUGGAGAUCUUUCGGAUCACGUGCAGAGAAAUAUCAAGAUUGUAAAAUGGCUUGCUUGUGAAGACGAGGACUUAGGAUCUGUCUCACUGGAAACUAUGCAUUCAAAACAGGAGGUGUCUGCUGGAGGAACUAAACUGUCUGGACAGGAUGAAGUCAAUGAUGCAACAAAGGUUCCCAUGGACCCCACGACUGACCCUGAAACUGGGAUGUGGAGUUUAUCCGAAUGGGAUAUCGAAUGUAUAGUUGUUGGAGCUGGUAUUUUUGGAUGCGGAGGGGGUGGAAAUCCUCACAUGGGAAGGCUCCGUGCUUUAGAAACUCUUCGGAGUGGGAAAGAAAUUAAAGUCAUAACCCCGGAACGUCUACUCAAGAACGCAGACCCCGAGAACGAUCUCGUCAGCAUUGUUUGUUUCUAUGGAGCGCCACUCAUAAUGUAUGAGCAACUUGUGUCCUCCAAAGAGACAACUGCAGCCAUAAGAUGUGUAGAGGAUAUUUUCAACAUUGGCCAGUUCCAAAAUGGGACACUGAACAACAAAUCAGGAGUCACGAUCGAAGAAAGAGCUGGCAUGCGGUUCAUAAAUGAUUACAAACAAACGGGCAAUCAUAACUCAAGUUCUCCUUCAAUCAAAGGAAAACAAAUCAAAGCUUUGAUGGCAGUUGAAAUUGGAGGAAUGAAUGCUAUUGAACCGUACCUGGUCGCAGCCGAUCUCAAUCUCCCAGUGGUGGACGCUGAUGCUAUGGGGAGAGCAUUCCCUAAACUCAGCAUGAUGUGCCCAUAUAUGUACGGUCUACCUGCCUACCCUACUGCACUGGUGGAUGACAAGAACCGACAGGCGGUGAUGCUGGAAGCUCCAAACGCGACUCUAGUUGAACAUCACUUCCGGGAUGUUGUGACCGAAAUGGGAUGUUCAGCUGGGUGUUCCUUUUCUCCUCUCGUCAAGGAGGAUGUUCUGACGAAAUGUGUUCAACAUACCAUUAGUCGUGCCUGGAGGCUAGGAGACGCUAUCCUCCGUUCCAGAAUCGAAAAGACUUCGCCCAUUGAAGCUAUUCUGAAGACAGAGACGUCUAUCCAUGUCAUGAUUGGAAAGAUCCGAGAUGUCAAGAGGGAGACCAGUGGUGGCUACAACAAAGGGCAUGUCAUCAUCGAGGGGCUUGACACGUAUUCUGGACAAAGGCUACUGAUCAACUUCCAGAACGAGAAUUUAGUCAUAAUACCUCUCAAUGAGAACAAUGACGAAGGUGACGUCAUUGCCUGCGUCCCGGACCUCAUUGCCAUCGUGGACGCUGAUACUGCGGAACCAAUCACAACAGAGGAGGUCCGGUACGGCAUGAGGGUGUCUGUUAUUGUGAUUGCGUCCCCUGACAUACUGAGAACCGACACUGCCUUGAAGUAUGUGGGCCCACAAGCUUUUCAAUAUCCAGACACUGUCAAAUUUCAACCAUUUGGGCAAAGCAAAGUAACGGUUCCAAUUCCACCAACAGAGUGA